AUGGGUCUCAUGCUCAAGAAACCCGCAGACGUGGCGGGCAAGUCUUGGCCCGCCAUCGUCAUUGGCAUGUUCGUUGCCUUUGGUGGUGUGCUCUUCGGAUAUGAUACGGGUACCAUUGGUGGUAUCCUGGCCAUGACCUACUGGCGAAAGCAAUUCUCCACGGGUCACGUCGACAGCACUGGUGCCCCCUCUGUGACGGCAUCUCAGCAAGCUGAGAUUGUCUCCAUUCUCUCCGCUGGUACCUUCUUUGGUGCUCUUGGCGCUGCCUACCUGGGUGACGCUAUCGGUCGUCGUCUUGCCAUCAUUGCUUCGAGCUGUGUCUUCGCCUUUGGUGUCAUCCUGCAAACUGCCUCUAGUGCUAUCCCCAUGUUCGUUGCCGGUCGUUUCUUCGCCGGUUUCGGUGUCGGUCUCAUCUCUGCAUUGAUUCCUCUCUACCAGUCUGAGACAUCGCCCAAAUGGAUCCGUGGUGUCAUUGUCGGCUCGUACCAGCUCGCCAUCACCAUUGGUCUGUUGCUUGCCUCGAUUGUCAACAACGCCACCAAGAACCGCGAUGACAGCGGCUCAUACCGUAUCCCCAUCGCCGUGCAGUUCGCCUGGGCCAUUGUUCUGGUCAGCGGUAUGCUCCUGCUUCCCGAGACUCCUCGCUACCUGAUCAAGCGCGACAAGACUGCCGCUGCUCUCAAGUCGCUCUCCCGCCUUCGCCGACUCCCUGUCGACCACCCUGCCGUUGUUGAGGAACUCGCCGAGAUCCGCGCCAACCACGACUACGAGAUGAGCCUUGGCAAGGCCACCUACCUCGACUGCUUCAAGGGCAACCUGCUCAAGCGUCUUAUCACUGGAUGCUGUCUUCAGGGUCUCCAGCAGCUCACUGGUAUCAACUUCAUCUUCUACUACGGCACUCAGUUCUUCAAGAACUCUGGCUUCCACAACUCGUUUGUCAUCAGCUUGAUCACCAACUGCGUCAACACUGCCUCUACUUUCCCCGGUCUGUACGCCAUUGACAAGUGGGGUCGUCGCCCUGUCCUCUUCUGGGGUGCCGUCGGUAUGGCCGUCUCUCAGCUCAUUGUCGCUGUCCUCGGUACCACCACCACCUCCCAGGACUCCAUGGGCAACAUCAUCGUGCACAACCUGCCCGCGCAAAAGGCCGCCAUUGCAUUCAUUUGCAUCUACAUCUUCUUCUUCGCCGCCUCUUGGGGUCCCAUUGCCUGGGUCGUCACUGGUGAAAUCUUCCCGCUCAAGGUCCGCGCCAAGUCGCUCUCCAUGACCACUGCCACCAACUGGCUGCUCAACUGGGCCAUUGCCUACUCUACUCCUUACCUGGUCAACUGGGGUCCCGGCAACGCCAACCUGCAGUCCAAGAUCUUCUUCAUCUGGUUCGGCUGCUGCUUCAUCUGCAUUGGCUUCGUCUACUUUUUGAUUUACGAGACCAAGAACCUCUCUCUUGAGGAGGUUGACGAGCUCUACAAUGAGGUCUCGUCCGCUCGCAAGUCUCUUGGCUGGAAGCCCACCAUCACCUUUACUGAGAUUGCUCACGCCAGUGGUGCAACUGCCAAGCGCAGAGAGGCUGACGCGGGCUCCAACGAGCACGUCGAGCAUGUCGAGCCCAAGACUGAGGCUGAGGCCUAA